AUGGUUGUUGUACAGGUUGAAGACCGUCAGAAGAAGUUCGGGAAGAAUGAGAUCCCGAUGGAGCCUCAGACCUCAAUCCUUGUCCUGAUGUGGGAGGCCCUGCAAGACCCUACCUUGAUCUUCCUGUGCUUCGCCGCCAUCGUCUCUCUUGUCAUCGGAGUCUUCGUGGAGAAAGAUCCCAUGGGCUGGCUUGAAGGCACGGCUAUCCUGACUGCAGUCGUCGUCGUCGUCCUCGUGGGCUCGAUCAACGACUAUCAAAAGGAGAGUCAGUUUCGGUCGUUGAACGCCAAGAAGGAUGACAUGACAGUAACGGUCAUACGAGACGGUCAGAAGAAGGAGAUGUCCUGCCACAACCUCGUUGUGGGCGACAUCCUCCUCCUUGGCACUGGCGACAUUGUCACGUGCGACGGGUACGCCAUCGGGCCCAACGACCUGCAGAUCAACGAGAAGAUGCUGACUGGGGAGACUGUGAACAAGAGGAAGGGUGAGUACGAGCUCGACGGGGAUCGGGUGGUCAAGUCUCCGAUCCUGUUCGCCGGCACCCAAGUGCAGGACGGCCAAGGGAAAGUCCUUGUGUUGGCUGUGGGAACCGCUACCUAUCAAGGUACAAUGCAACAGAAGAUGGACGAAGCUGAUGCUGAGCAAUCCAGGAGCAUCUUGCAGCAGAAGCUUGACGACAUGACUUCAUACAUCACCAACGCUGGAGCAGCAUUCGCCAUCGUCACCGUCCUGAUCCUCUGCUUCAGGAUGUACCUCGGGUUCCAUCAGGGCCUCUGCUGCAAGGAAGCGUGGGAUCACGCGGUGCACUGGUCGGAGCUGCUAUCCUUUCUGAUCUCCGGCGUCACUAUUUUCGUCGUUGCCGUCCCCGAGGGCCUCCCCCUCGCCGUCACCAUCGCACUUGCCUUCUCGGUUAAGAAGAUGCUCAAGGAUCAGAACCUCGUCAGGCACCUCACAGCAUGCGAGACGAUGGGAGGGGCUACGACCAUCUGCUCUGACAAGACUGGAACUCUGACGACGAGCAAGAUGACUGUCGUCAAGGUGUUCUGCGACGGCAAAGUCUUCACCAUGGAGACGUUGCGGCUCUCGCCGAUCCUCAAGAAGCUGCUCUGCGACGCCGCUGUGGUCAACACCAUGUCGAAGACGAACCUAAGAGGAAGCAGCAAGAGUAAGGAGCCCGACUACCUCGGCAACGAUACUGAGUGCGGGCUGCUCGUCAUGGCGAACAAGAUCGGUGCCAACGGGAAGCCGAUCGACUAUGACUCGGAGGAUCAGGAGUACAAGAGAAUCCGUAGAGAGUUCCCGGAGGAGAUGGAGGGCAGGAAGCAGUUCACCUUCUCCUCGGAUAGGAAGAGAAUGAGCACGAGAGUGAAGAUCGGGCCCGGAAAGUACCGGAUCUUCUGCAAGGGAGCAGCUGAGAUGGUGGUGGAGCUGUGCACCCACAGGUACAACAUGGACGGAAGCGUCGAGCCGAUGACGCCCAAGAUCAAGAAAGAGAUUGAUGACGUCAUCAACCAGUUCGCUGACGAGGCUCUUCGCACCAUCUGCCUUGCCGUGAGGGACGUGAGCGUGGAGAUUGACGACGUGGAGGAGGCUGAGAAGAACUUGACCAUGAUCGGGCUCGUGGGCAUCGAGGAUCCUGUGCGCGAAGAAGUUCCUCUUGCCAUCCAGCAGUGCCGACAGGCCGGCAUCAUCGUGAGGAUGGUGACGGGAGACAACAUGAAGACAGCAGCUGCCAUUGCCAAGAAGUGCGGCAUCAUCGACAAGGAGGAGGAGGGGAACGUCAUCGACGGCAAGACCUUCCGUGAGCGGGUGGCUCCCGGAGACGUGCUGGACCAGCAGGAGUUUGACAAGGUCUGGCCGAAGCUGAGAGUCAUGGGCAGGUCGACUCCUCUUGACAAGCAUCUCCUCGUCUCCGGCAUCCAAGCCAGCAAGAUUGGCGUCUCGCAGACAGUGGCUGUGACCGGGGACGGCACCAACGAUGCUCCUGCUCUGAAGAAGGCGGAUGUUGGCUUCGCGAUGGGCAUACAAGGGACGGACGUGGCGAAGAACGCUUCUGACAUCAUCAUCAUGGAUGAUAACUUUGCGUCCAUCGUCAAGGCCGUCAUGUGGGGCCGUUGUGUCUACGACAACAUAUGCCGCUUCCUUCAGUUCCAGCUCACCGUCAACAUCACCGCCAUCGUCGUUGCCUGCGUCGGAUCUGCGGUCUUGACAUCGAGCCCGUUGACGGCCAUCCAGAUGUUGUGGGUCAACCUCAUCAUGGACUCCUUUGCCUCCCUCGCUCUCGCGACGGAGGACCCGAGCGUGCAGCUGCUGCAGAGGAAGCCGUAUCCCCGCAACCGAGGAGUUCUCUCUAAGAUCAUGAUGAAGAACAUGAUCCUCCACGCGCUCUGGCAGCUCGUUGUGCUCGCCGUCCUCAUCUUCGCCGUCGGUGACGACUACUGCCACCACUCCAAGGGCGGCGCCGCCGAGACCACCCAGCACUACACCAUGAUCUUCAACGUGUUUGUGCUGAUGCAGCUCUUCAACGAAAUCAACAGCAGGAAGAUACACAACGAGUGGAAUGUUUUCUCAGGCAUCUUCAAUAACUUCCUCUUCCUUUUCAUCGUUAUCGGCACGAUGGCUGCACAGGUACUACUA